GGCGCCCUCGCUAGUUGUGGUGUGACGCGAUAACCCUUAAUCUCGGGAGGAUCUCAUCCUUUCUGCCUGCCAGAGCCGCAAGUUCCUUUGAGAAAGUGCGACUCUUGUCCCCUAGCACCUACUGCAUCCUCUAACCAGCAGGGAUUGCAGUAUCUUUCAGCUUCCAGUCUUAUCUGAACAUCCCGGCACCAAAGUGACCAGGAGGCAGAGAAGAACUUCAGAGGAGUCUUGUCUUGGGCUGCUCGUGGGUGAGUGGGAAGGUCCGUGACUGCAGAUCGGUGGCGAUGGCCACUCUCCCAGCAGCAGAAACCUGGAUAGACGGGGGUGGAGGCGUGGGUGCAGACGCGGUGAACCUGACUGCCUCGCUAGCUGCCGGGGCUGCCACGGGGACAGUUGAGACUGGGUGGCUGCAACUGCUGGACCAAGCUGGCAACCUCUCCUCCUCCCCCUCCGCGCUGGGACUGCCUGUGGCUUCCCCCGCGCCCUCCCAGCCCGGGGCCAACCUCACCAACCAGUUCGUGCAGCCGUCCUGGCGCAUUGCGCUCUGGUCCCUGGCGUAUGGUGUGGUGGUGGCAGUGGCAGUUUUUGGAAAUCUCAUCGUCAUCUGGAUCAUCCUGGCCCACAAGCGCAUGAGGACUGUCACCAACUACUUCCUUGUGAACCUGGCUUUCUCCGACGCCUCCAUGGCCGCCUUCAACACGUUGGUCAAUUUCAUCUACGCGCUUCAUAGCGAGUGGUACUUUGGCGCCAACUACUGCCGCUUCCAGAACUUCUUUCCUAUCACAGCUGUCUUCGCCAGCAUCUACUCCAUGACCGCCAUUGCGGUGGACAGGUAUAUGGCGAUUAUUGAUCCCCUGAAACCCAGACUGUCUGCCACAGCAACCAAGAUUGUCAUUGGAAGUAUUUGGAUUCUAGCAUUUCUACUUGCCUUCCCUCAAUGUCUUUAUUCCAAAACCAAAGUCAUGCCCGGCCGUACUCUCUGCUUUGUGCAAUGGCCAGAAGGUCCCAAACAACAUUUCACUUACCACAUUAUCGUCAUUAUACUGGUGUACUGUUUCCCAUUGCUCAUCAUGGGCAUCACAUACACCAUUGUUGGAAUUACUCUCUGGGGAGGAGAAAUCCCAGGAGAUACCUGUGACAAGUAUCAUGAGCAGCUAAAGGCCAAAAGAAAGGUUGUCAAAAUGAUGAUUAUUGUUGUCAUGACAUUUGCUAUCUGCUGGCUGCCCUAUCAUAUUUACUUCAUUCUCACUGCAAUCUAUCAACAACUAAAUAGAUGGAAAUACAUCCAGCAGGUCUACCUGGCUAGCUUUUGGCUGGCAAUGAGCUCAACCAUGUACAAUCCCAUCAUCUACUGCUGUCUGAAUAAAAGAUUUCGAGCUGGCUUCAAGAGAGCAUUUCGCUGGUGUCCUUUCAUCAAAGUUUCCAGCUAUGAUGAGCUAGAGCUCAAGACCACCAGGUUUCAUCCAACCCGGCAAAGCAGUAUGUACACCGUGACCAGGAUGGAGUCCAUGACAGUGGUGUUUGACCCCAGCGAUGCAGAUACCGCCAGGUCCAGUCGGAAGAAAAGAGCAACACCAAGAGACCCAAGUUUCAAUGGCUGCUCCCGCAGGAAUUCCAAAUCUGCCUCCACCACUUCAAGUUUCAUAAGCUCACCCUAUACCUCUGUGGAUGAAUAGCCUUAAUUUCAUUUCCUGAGGUAAAAGAUUAGUAUGAGUCCAUCAUGGUGCCAAUCUAGGCCCCCAUUCUCCUAUUUAUCAGUCCUGUCCUAUAUACUCUCUAGAAACAGAAAGCAAUUUUUAGGCAGAUAUGGUCAAAUUGAGAAAGGUAGCAUAUAAAUGUGACAAAGACACUAAUAAAAUGUUAGCCUCCACCCAAAAUAAAAUGGGCUUUAAAUUUAUUCUUUGAAAACUCUAAAUUAUUAUAUGCAACAAACAAAAAUAUGUCAGAAAAAAACUAUCUCAUUUACAAAUUACAAUAUACAUUUGUGACAUUAAAAUGACAUAUAGUUUUUCCAAGAGAUUAAAGAAUCUUUAAAACAUAAUAUCAUAAGCGAAGGGAAACAAAAUCUAUAUAAAAUGGACUUUUUUUGCCGAGAGAAAUAAAAUGGGAAAAAAAGUUAAAUGAUUCAUUUUCCCACUAGAGUAACAGAAAAUUAACCUCAAGAAAUAGGAACUGAAAAUCUUUGCUCAAGAAAACUCAUUUUGUAGAAUGUAAAGGUUUAAAGAUUUAAAGAUUUCUUCCAUGGCAUUUAACUGAAAAGGAAAUCUAGUUAAAUCAGUAGGCAAAUGUAUAUUUCAUUCUCUUGAUUUUUUUUGUGAGAGAGUGAAAUUUUUAAAAAUUAUAUACUUUUUGACCAUUACUUAUUUUUGAAUGCCAAGCUAAAAAGUAAUCAAAGUUAGGACCUUAAAAAAUAUAAAGAAAAUUCCUAUCAUUCUUUUUAUUUUUCACAGAUUUUUUAAAUGCUAGAUUAUAAAACAGUAAAGGUAUAUUCCAAUAAAUAGGGGAAGAAUACUAUUUGUGUUCUCUUCCUCUCCCCUCACUGGAAAUAGAAUAAGGACUAGGAGAAAUUAUCAGAAAAUAUCUUCAAAGGCAACUCCUUAGGGAAAAAAAGUCAUAAGUGUGACGAAAGAAAAUAUGGUUGAAAAAUACCAAUAUAUGGUACAUAUGAGCAAACCAGGCAAAGUGUGGAAAGGUGAGUUACCUCUUGGAAAACAAACCUGCACAAUAGUUCGGAUAUGUGUGAACUAAUACCAGCUGAGCAAGAGGGUGAGUCUAACACACCUCCUUCCACAGAGAGACCUUUCCUUUCAUUUCCUUAGAUUAUUCAGAAGUCUUACCAGAAAGAAAUGAGAUAAUAGUCCUAAGAAAGCGUCAAUUUUACUACAAGAAGAUAUAUACUAGCACAUUUCUAAGACUCAUAACAUAACAAGAAAUACUUUUAAGUGUAAAAAGUAACAUCCAGACCUCAGUGCUUAUAGAUCAUCUUUCCUUGAAUUAGGGAUACCGUCAGUCCUGCUCAAGAAAGCAGAAACUUUUUGAGAAUGUGAAUGUGUAGUACAAACUUCUCCUUUAAACUAUUCAGUUUGACUUUUACAGAUAUUUGUCUAAAAUAAUACUCUCUAACACUUUAUUGUUGUGCCUCCACCAAUAUUAAAACAAAAUAUUUUUGAAGAACAGAAUAAAAGCAAAUAUUCAACGGCAAAUCAUGGUCUAUUUCUCAAACCUCUUCCCUAUUUUGAAGCCAAAACCAGAAAUGUCCAAUUGUUACAAAAUGUUCAAAGGCUAACCAAGCUAAACAUAUGUGUUCCAGCUGAAUUUCUUCUGAUGAUACCAAUAAACAAAGAGACACACACACAUACAAAUGUGCCUACACAUUCAAUCAUUUAAUGAAUGCAACAACUUCAAAGAAUUAAAAUCAAAUACUGAAAUAAUAAGUGGUCAUUACAGCAUUCCCAUAUGCUCAAUAAAGUCUGUGAAGCUUGUGUGCAUGUUUUAAAUAAGCAAAUUUAUUAUUAUAUAGUAUCUAAUUGUUUGAAUAUAAUGUUUUUGAAUGUUCAUUCUUAAAACAUAUGAAUGUUUACCAUACAAUGUAAAAGUGUCAAGAAAAAGCCUAAUAUGUAAAAACAGUUAUCAUUUUCUUAAAUUUGUGAAUGACAUGGUACUAACAUUAAUUAAUGUUUUAGACAUAUGGAACCAUAUUCAGCUGUAAAAUAAGAAUGUAAAGUUUAGCCCUCAAAUUUAAUGUCAUCAGCCACUACCCAAGUAUCAUACAUUUGAAAACUGUAACUCCUGGCCCUCACAUAUUAGAGAAAUUCAGUAGAAUUUUCUAAGACAUUUAUUUCUAAGGAAAAAUAUUGGCCUCGUCAGUUGGAUUGUUGGUUUGGUUUGGCUUCUGUGAACAUAUUGAUUGCUGUGUUGCUUAUGGAGCACCUUGAUUCUAGUGUGACAGAAAUACUCAAGGUUCGGACAGUAUUUUUUCAAUGCUCUCCAGAAAAAAAGCUGGUAUCAUUCACUCGCUGCUCAUGGCCCUUAAACUGAGUCGUAUAGGCAGAAUUUUUUAAGUUCAAAAAUUUAAACAGUAAUAAUAAAACAAGAGUGAAAUACAAAAGAGAAGAUUUUCACCCUUCUGUCUGAAUUUUGACGGUAAGAAUUACAGAAUAAUGCACAAAAUCGAAUUCAGUGGGAUUCAUUUUUAAAUAAAGUCAUGCCAGUGUUUUCAUAUUUGCUAAGCUUUGAAAGAAUCUGCCUUCAAAAUUUACUCUACCCUCUGUUUCUAAAGUUCAGUGUGAAUCUUUCCAUUGUUUGGAGGCAAACUCUGGCUCAGACUACUAGGCAGAUGGUUAAAACAGCCCAGGUUUUUUUAUUUAGAUCAGUAUCAGAAAACUUCAAAAUAUUUUUUAAAGAAAUAUGAAAGAAUCAAAAAGGUUUACAUCAUUGCAAGGAUUCUCUUUUAAACAAAACACAUUAAAUCAAAAAUAAACAUUGCUUACUAUUUUGCAUCUGGACAAAGUACAAGAUAUUGAAAUUACCUGUAUGGGAAAAGAUUAAAGCAGACAUAAUUAUUACAGAAUCCACUCUCACACUUUUUUAUUUUUUACCCAGUAUAGUAUACUGUUGCAUUAUUCAGGCUUCUAACUUUAUGAUGGUGACAUUUCUGACCCAACAGCCGAAUUCAUGUCCUUUUCCAGAUCAUGCCGAUGUCUUAGAAACAGCGAACUGAGCAAUUUCAGAGUGAACCCCACCCUUACAAAGCACAUAAAGAAUACCUAGAAGCUUGGUAUCAAGCCUAUGAAAUACAAAAUGAAUGUGAAAAAUAAAUGCUGGCCAACUCAACAUAUGAAUUUAGUUUUUGUAUAUGCAAAAGUUUCCUCUAAAAUUUUCUGAUUAGUACCUGGUAAACUAUUUCAUCAAAUAGAAAAGCAGGAGAAUUACAAACAUUUCUCACACUUCUAACAGUAACAAUUUCCUACUUGUCAUUGAUAAUGUGUCAAAAGCUAAGGAAAUCCAGAAUGACAGGGACCAUGUAGAAUAAUAAGGUUGGAAUAAUUUCCCUUAAGGCCAAGCAGGAAUAAAGAAUAAAGUUCAGUAGGGCUGCACAAGGUCAUUAGUUUUGUGUUUUAAUAAAUAUAUAUAGAGGUGAAAAAUCUGUUUAUACAAGAAGUCAAUGUAUAUACAGUUUGUAGUGAAUAAAGUAUUUUCAAGUUGUGGUAA